AUGAAUAUUCGUCAACAACUAACUCAAUUGUUAACAGUGGCAUAUGUAUUCACCUCUGCCUUCGUAUUAUGGAAAACCUUAUCAAUCAUAACCAACUCUCAUUCUCCAAUUGUUGUCGUAUUAUCAGGUUCAAUGGAACCAGCAUUUCAAAGAGGUGAUAUAUUAUUCUUAUGGAAUAGAGAUUCUUAUGCCAAAGUCGGUGAUAUAGUAGUAUAUGAAAUCAAAGGUAAAUCAAUCCCAAUCGUUCAUCGUGUGUUAAGAGAACAUCAUUCUCAAGAUUUUGAAAAACAAUUAUUAUUAACUAAGGGGGAUAAUAAUCCAAUUGAUGAUUUAGGUUUAUAUGCUAAAAAACAAAUGUAUUUAAAUCAAAAAACUGAUUUGGUUGGAACUGUUAAAGGGUAUUUACCAAAAUUAGGUUAUGUUACUAUUUUAAUAAGUGAAAAUGUUUAUUUUAAAUAUGGUUUACUUGGUUUAAUGGCGGUUUCAUCUCUUUUUUCAAAUGAUUCAUAA